AUGUCGGAAUCUCUUGAAGCUCGAGGUCAACCUUGGAGCCGAACUAAAAGUAACAGAGAUCCAUCAGACGAAAUGGCUGAUGCUGCUACUACAUUACUUAUGAUUUGCGGAGGCCACACUCAGCUGCCAACGGCACCAACGAUCGAGAAGCAAGACGUCUUGUUCUGCUCACCUGAAGGCCACCUGCUGUCCUCAACGGCGGAAAAGGAGGGUGCGCGUCUAUCACCCGGAAGAAUCGACAAGCAUCAGGGCGCAGUGCAUGCAAAUGCACGUGCAGCAAUUCCUUGUUCAAUUCAUCACGUCACAGAUUCAGCCGUGGAUAUUUCUACAGGGCAGGAGCUGCAUGAUGCAGAUUUUAUGGAAGCCUUCACCCACUGGAAUGAAGCUACUUGGGCACUUGAACAGGAGACAGCGCUCAGUGAGGCUACCGGAAACAAUCAUCUGGACGAAGACUUGGUGCUCGCAAGUGAUCCAUCCCGACAUCAAAAUAUCGAUGAACUUUUCUACGCAACGGAGGUUGCUGAAAUGCACCAAACAGGAUACUUUUCCAACAUCGAUCCGAAAGAGACGUUAUUAGGGUACCAAGAGCGGGCUGUCGUCCCUCAUGAUGCCACCGACGUUUUGGGAGAGAUGAGAAGUAGUCCACUGCUCCAGAACCAUCGCAGUCCAUCCAAUCAUGACACUCUGGAAGUUGUCCCAAAUGAUACUGAGAGGGCUGAGUGGUCAAACGAUAGCGUAUCCAUCACGACUCAUACAAAAAACAUAGAAGUACUUGUUUUGGAUAACUCCAGCAAAUCCAACGACUCUAGCGAUGAGAUGGAAGGCACUGCCGGGGACCAAAGCAUAUGGUCAGGCUCACAACAUGCUGCUCGGUCUCACACACCCCUUAUCACCGAUACAAACAACGGAGAAGUGAUCAUUAUAGACGACUCCAGCAACUCCGACGACUCUAGCGAUGAGAUGGAAGAUAUUACCAAAGAUCGGCGCACAUGGCCAGGUUCACAACGCCGCGCUCGAUCCAGACAUCAACGCGUUCUACAUGGUAUGGUCCAAUGGUCCGAUGCACGUCUCGAGAGGAGGAACUAUACGGCUAUCCAACAACUUUGGAUCAAUGCCCAAAAGUACUGGAAGUCAAUGCAGGCACUCAAAUGCUUUGCCAAAAGCAAGAGAGUCAAGAAGUUCGACAAGAUGAUGAUCAGAGCAAAGAAACACGUGCAGAAAAAUGGAGGCACCAUACUCUUAUAUGAUGUCGGCAAAUUGCAUCGUAAAUUUAGGCAUAUAUUGCCUGGCCUUCGCAUGCGAUUGGAAAGUUCAAACCAAAAGAAAUUUUUGGACAAUGUAGACGCUACACUGAAGGAAUUGUAUACAGUAGUAGAGGUGACAAUGCUAAUGACAGAGCAGCCGGCAAAUGACGACGACGAGAAUGACGGAGAUUAUCGACCUGGGGGUGCAACGGGGAACCUGUAG